AUGGUGUACGUUAGAGCCCCACCUCAAAAGGGAACGUUACAUGAGUAUGCACCUAGAUUAACUGCAUUCGAAUUUGGUAACACCAAUGCCAAAAACGUUGUACUUUUCGUUGGUGGUCUUGGUGAUGGUUUAUUAACUGUGCCAUAUGUAGCCAGACUAGCAGGAGCAAUCCAGGCCGAAACCAAUGGCAAUUGGACUUUGGUUCAAGCCUUGAUUAGUGCUUCGUACUCCGGUUGGGGUACCUCGAGCUUAAGUAAAGAUACAAAAGAAUUGCAGCAAUUGAUUUUGUAUUUGAAAAAUGAUUGCAAAUUUGAAAAAGUUAUCUUGAUGGGCCAUCUGACUGGAUGUCAAGAUACUUUGUACUACAUCAGCAAUGGAAAUACCCCUCAUAUAGAUGGCGGUAUUUUGCAAGCUCCGGUUUCUGAUAGUGAAGCUUUUGCUCUGGGGUUCAGUAGUCCAAAGCUUUUCGACGAGAUGCUUGCAACUGUAAAGAACGAAUACAUUGACAAGGGCAAGGCUGACCAUAUCUUACCAGAGGAAUUCCGUGCAAAAUUCUUUAACUGCCCCAUUAAUGCAUAUAGGUAUUACUCAUUGGCUAGUCAGAGAGGAGAUGACGACUUUUUCAGUACUUAUUUGACUGAAAGCGAUUUUGUUGAAACCUUCGGUAAAGUUGAUACGAACUUAUUGGUAUUGUAUGGCGAAAAGGAUGAAUUUGUUCCAAAGACUGUCAAUAGGCAGAAAUUGGUGGAUCUGUGGAAAGAUUCAACUAAUCCAAAGUACUGGAGUCCAUUGAGUAAAGUAUUGAAAGGUGCAACUCAUAACGUUGGCCCAGGUUCAGAUGAAGGUGCAGAAGACGAUUUGAUAGAGACUGUUCUUGAGUUUAUAGACACCAUUAACUAA